AUGCGCAUUCAUUACUCGCAUUGUGUUGGACAGAGGCAACUAGUGUGCCUGGCCAGGGCGCUGAUCCGGAUGCCGAAGGUGCUUCUCUUGGACGAAGCCACGUCCCAGAUGGACGGGGACACAGACCGCUUGAUCCAGACGACGCUGAGGGAGAGCUUUGCUGGAUGCACCCUCCUGGCCAUAGCACACCGCAUCCACACCGUGCUGGACUACGACAAGAUCCUGGUGAUGGGUGAUGGCAAGGUGCUCGAGUAUGGUCCAGUGGAUCAGCUGCUAGGCGACGACCAUUCGCUCUUUGGCGCGAUGGCGCGAAAAGCCGGUGUCCUGACCAAACAGAACAGUUUUCGAGAGAGUGCACUCCUCACGGAACUCUGAAGGUUGUUUUGGAAGGCGCGCCACUGACGGACCCUCGACAAGGCUUCCGCUUGCA